AUGUCUGACCACGCGGUGCUCGGCGCGAUCGUGACGGACGAGCAGAGUGUGACAGGUGUGCUCGGAUCGCGUCCUACUCAUAUACCAUCAGAGCUCAUCAUGAUUACCCUUGCACUCCUCCCAAAUGGCAUUGAUGGCACUCGACUACAUCGUUCCUCCGGGUGCGUAGCCUCCUUUCAUGCAGAACUGACAGUAGAACGAUCCCGUUUCUCGCAGAUAUUCCGCAAACCACCAGAGGCACUCUUGCGCGAUCUCGUGAACGAGGGGUUUCGAUACGACGACUGCGUCACAGCUGCGAAGCUCUACAGCUCCAAAGAGGCAGCUGUCAUCUAUCUCGAGCAACUGGCGCAACAUCGGGAGCAUGAGAAGCUCGUUCUGUUCCUCCGCCGGAGGGGAUUCUACAGACCACACUGUGAGAAAGCCCUCAAGCUGUGGCCAGACGUCAUGGACGCACUCCGGUAUCUGCAACACCAGCAGCACGAGCGGAAAGAGGGGUGCGUGUUCUGCGACGAUUCGAUGAAGCUGGAGGGGAUUCCCCAAGAGAAGCUAAAGGAGGGCGUCAAGCUCAAGCCUGACUAG